GAAGUGAACGGUUGGACCGUUUGGUACGAGAGGUUCGGUUCGGGACCCAAACCGGUACUUCUUUUAUCGGGUGCUAUCGGCACUGGAAGAACUGAUUUUAUGCCACAACUGGAAGGCGAAUAUGCGCUGGACUUUGAAAAGUUUACAAUAAUAGCGGUGGAGGCGCCCGGUUGGGGACGAUCGCGACCACCCGUACGCAAGUAUGGCAUCAAUACGUAUAAUAACGACGCCCAGUGUUUUCACGCAGUUAUGGGGUGUCUGGGAUAUGAGAGAUAUUCAAUAAUCGGGUGGUCAGACGGGGCGAAAGUGGCGCUCCUGAUGGCUGUGCAGUACUCGCAGUGCGUGGAGUCAAUGGUGUUGACCGCUAUCUCCACGUAUGUCAGCGAUAGUUGUCUCAAGUUUUUCAAAAGCGCUCAAAAUAUCGAGUGUUGGGGCGAAGAGAAAGUGAACGCAUAUCUCAAGUGUUACGAAACGAAGACUGAAAUACAAAACCUGUGGAACCGUUUCGUGAGAUUCGCUGAGUUUUAUAAUCAAUAUUUUCCCGAAGAUAUGUAUAAAAAUCGAUACCAUUUGAUUCAAUUCCCGGUCCUUGUAUUGCACGGCCAAAGGGUUAGUCACUUUACUUAG